CACUACUACUACUCUAUUACCACUACUUCUUCUUCAGGCAAACCCAUCGUCAGAAACCGAUAGCAUUGAUGUUGUCGUCAGUAAUAUAUUCCACUCAAAUAAUGGAUAAUUUACCACAACAUCCGCCAAUCGAUCCGCGCAAACAGGAACUACUGGAGGCCCGGUUUACAGGCAAUCAACGGAUAAUAUUCGGCCAAUCAGUGCCUGUAAUCCAAUCGAAUUCAAACUCACUAACGAAUCACCUGUCGGUGUCGUCGGCCUCACCGCAGAUGAUGUCGAUUCACGGCAACAAUUCGGGCGGCAGUCAGUCCUCGUCAGGCCAUACGCCGAACCAUAACUGCGAUUCCAAUCUGUCGACCGCAUCGGCCGGCAGUCACAACAGCGACAAAGAGAUGGUCGACAACAAUACGCCCGAAAAGAGCCGCAUGCACUCAAGUCCUAGUCGUUAUGGCGGCACCAAAUCCCCGACCGCAACACAUAGUUUCUAUAUGUAUCCGCCGUCGCCGGGCGGUCCGGCCGGUCUCGGGACGCUCGGCUCGCCGACAACGGGCGGCCCGUUGGCCGUGUCGGAGCUUUCGUCGAUGAUGGCGCCGCCUGUGCCCGCCCAGCGGCCACCGGUCGGCAAUUCCACUAAAAACUCGCAGCAAAGCUGUCAGCCAUCGCUAUCAUCCAACAUGUAUUCCCAGCCGUACGUCCCGCCGGUGUCGGUCGGCCUGACGGGCGGUCAAUCGCCGUCGACGACGAUGCAGUCGCCGGGACUGACGAUAGGCGCCGGCGUACCGCAGGUGACGACUCCGCCGAUGUGUUCCCGCGCCGUACAGACGGAUCUGACGGUGAAGUCAUUGCGCGAC